AUGUCCGGCCUCAUCACCAAGCAGAUCGCCCCGGUCCCGACCGCCCAGGAGUUCCUCGAUGUCAUCCUGUCCAAGACGCAGCGCAAGACGCCCACCGUCAUCCGCUCGGGCUUCAAGAUCAGCCGUAUUCGCGGCUUCUACAUGCGCAAGGUCAAGUUCACGCAGGCGUCGUUCGAGGAGCGCCUCGACCAGAUCCUGACCGAGUUUCCCGUCAUGGACAACCUGCACCCGUUCCUCAGCUCGCUCCUCAACGUCCUGUACGACAAGAACCACUACAAGCUCGCGCUCGGCCAGCUCAACACGGCGCGCCACCUCAUCGUCCAGGUCGGCAAGGACUACUGCCGCCUGAUCAAGUUCGGCGACUCGCUGUACCGGUGCAAGCAGCUCAAGAAGGCGGCGCUCGGCCGCAUGGCGACCAUCAUGAAGCGCCAGAAGGACCCGCUCGCCUACCUCGAGCAGGUGCGCCAGCACAUGUCGCGCUUGCCGUCGAUCGACCCGACGACGCGCACGCUCCUCAUCUGCGGCUACCCGAACGUGGGCAAGUCGUCGUUCGUCAACAAGGUGACGCGCGCCGACGUCGACGUCCAGCCGUACGCCUUUACGACCAAGUCGCUCUUUGUCGGCCACAUGGACUACAAGUACCUUCGCUGGCAGGUCAUCGACACGCCGGGAGUGCUCGACCACCCGCUCGAGGAGAUGAACACGAUCGAGAUGCAGUCCAUCACGGCCCUCGCUCACCUGCGUGCGUGCGUCAUGUACUUCAUGGACCUGUCGGAGCAGUGCGGCUUCACGGUCGAGGCGCAGUGCAAGCUCUACCAGUCGAUCAAGCCCCUGUUUGCCAACAAGCCGACCUUCAUCGUCGUCAACAAGAUCGACAUUGUCCGCCCCGAGGACCUCGACCCGGCGCGCAAGGCCAUGCUCGACGCCAUCCUCGCCGAGGACAACGUCGAGCUCCUGUCGCUCUCGUGCGUGUCCGAGGAGGGCGUCAUGGGCGUCCGCAACGCGGCGUGCGACGCGCUCCUCGCGCACCGCAUCCAGAGCAAGGAGAAGACGCGCCGUGUCGAGAACGUCGCCAACCGUGUCCGUGUCGCCGUCCCGAUCCCGCGCGACGGCGUCGACCGCAAGCCCCACAUCCCGGCGUCGGUCGCCGACCGCAAGGUGUACGACAAGACGGACCCGAACCGUCGCCGCCUCGAGAAGGACCUCGAGGAGGAGGGCGGUGGAGCCGGCGUCUUCAUUGGCGACCUCAAGAAGAACUACCUGCUCAAGAACGACGAGUGGAAGUACGACGUCAUCCCCGAGAUCCAGAACGGCAAGAACGUCGCCGACUUUAUCGACCCGGACAUCAUCGCCAAGCUCGACGAGCUCGAGGCCGAGGAGGAGCGUCUCGAGGCGGCCGGCUUCUACGACUCGGAGAGCGAGAACAUGGACAAGCACAAGAUGCAGAACCGCCCGACGAUCCCGCGCCCGGACAAGACGCGCACCCUGAGCGACAUGACGCAGAAGCUCAAGGAGGCCGGAUACGACGCGACGACGCUCGAGGAGCGUGCCACCAUGCUCGCCAAGGCGCGUGGCCUGCUCGACCGCAAGCGCCGUGCCGACAGCGACGACGACGAGAUGGACGAGGACGCCGUCGACAUGGGCAGCGACGCCGAGGAGAUGGACGUCGACGAGGGCGCGCAGGCGAGCAAGAAGCGCCGCACCGGCGCGACGAGCAUCGUCCCGCGAGGCAAGCGCAUCCCGAGGUCGGACCGCUCGACCGCCGGCCUCAAGGGUCCCGAGCAGGACUCGAAGGCCCAGCGCCUGCGCGAGCUGUACCAGCGUGGCCCCAACAUGCUCGCCCAGGCGUCCGAGUCGGACCGCCGCACCCCGGCCUCCCUACCUCGCCACCUCUUCAGCGGCAAGCGCAAGGGCGGCAAGACGCAGCGCCGCUAG